AUGUCCAACGACCAAAUAUCGCUGCCGUACCUGGCAGCCAUCCUGGUGCUGUCGGGCCUCAUAAUUCGGUACUUGUUCUUCGCUGGGCCUCCGGCUCAACGGCCUCCGCCAUCUCCUGAGGCCUUUCUGAGGGCUAGGGAGGCCGCCGUGGAAAGAAUCCAGCAAAUGUUUCCGCAGGCCGACAGGAGAAGCAUACUCUGGGAUCUGCAACGGAACGGCGGAAGCAUUCAGAGCACCACGGAGCGGAUUCUCGCUGGUAGCCUAGAAACGCCCCCCGUUACGUUUCAACCAGCACCAGCACCCGGCCAAGCGACGCCCAGCGCGAGCGCCGGGCCGGCGACGAGAGCGCCCGAGAAGUCGGUACAGCCGGAUCUGAUUACGCGAUACAAGCUCGAAGCAAAGCUGAAAGCGCCUGUUGAGGGGGGCGAGAAGGACGGAAAAGGAUGGAGCUCAAACAGGGACGAGCGGCAGUCGUCGCUGCAGCGGAGACGAGACGAGAUGAUUCUGGCAGCACGACGCAAGAUGGAGUCCAAGAUUGCCGCCGAGAAGGCUGCGCAGGGUAGCUGA